AUGGACUCCACAGUGACUUUCCUGAUCUCCAUUGGACUGUGCCUACACUGGGAAGCUAGGACACAAAUGGGGACUCUUCCCAGGCCCUUCCUUUGGGUGGACCCAAGUCCUAUGGUUGCCAAGGGAGCCGAUGUGACCCUCAGGUGCCAGGGCCAACCAGGGAGUGACAGAUUCCAACUCUGGAUGGAUGGAGAGUUCAGAGAAGAGAGAAAUGACUCGUGGUCACAGGCAGACUUUGUGCUCAGCAGUGUGCAUGACUGGAGGGAUGCGAGAAGCUACAGGUGCCGCUCUGGGCAGGGGCUCUUGUGGUCAGAGCUCAGUGACCCCCUGGUCCUGGUGGUGAUGACAGCCUUAAUCAGACCCAUAAUUUCAGCUUCACCUGGCUUCACAAUAUUGCCAAAGACAAGAGUGACCAUCUGGUGCCACUUCCCAUCACUGUCAUACUCUCAGAGCUACAGUGUUGCCCUGCUGCAGGCAAAGAGCCUGGAGCCCUUACAGCUACAUAACAUUACUGGAAGACUGGCUGCUUUCUCACUUCCAUCUGUGAGGACCGAGGACAGUGGGAACUACAGCUGUAUUUACUACAGGAAGACACCCCCCUACAGGGGGUCAUAUCCCAGCUCUAACCUGGAGCUGACUGUGUUGGGACCAUUCCCCAAGCCCAUUCUGUGGGCCCAAGCUGACCUUGUGGUGACUCCAGGGACCAACAUCACUCUGUGGUGCUCUAGGCCCAGACUAUCUUCUCUUCGAGAGGUGACCUUCACUCUGUGGAAGUCUGGGACCCAGGAACCCUUACAACAGCAGCCCACAGCAGAUCUCUGGACUGACUUCUCCCUCUCCUCUGUGAGCCCUGAGGACACUGGGAGCUACAGGUGUGCUUACAGGACAGCCUCUGGGAGAGAAUCAGAGCCCAGUGAAGCCCUGGAGCUGGUGGUGCCAGGGUCUCUGCCCAAGCCUUCCCUCUCAGCCCUCCCAAGCCAGGUGGUGGAGCCUGGGCAGCAUGUGACUCUCCAGUGCAGGCAGCCCCCUCGGUCAGCACUCUGGAGAGCAACAUUCACUCUGCUGAAGGUGGGCAGCCCUCAGCCCCUGCAGAGCCAGAGCCCAGCUGGGACCUUGGUUUUCUUCCCCCUCCUGUCUGUGAGGGCCCAGGAUGUUGGCAACUACACCUGUAUCUACUAUAGUAGGAUGUCUCCAUACCAGGUUUCUGAGCCAAGUGAUGCCCUAGAGAUCUGGGUGACAGAUGAGCUCCCCAAGCCUUUCCUCUCAGCCUCACCUGGACAAGAGGUGGUCUCAGGAUCCAGUGUGACUCUCUUGUGUUCGGGACCCUCAUGGGCUACUAGGUUUGUUCUGUACAAGAAGGAAGUUGAGGAAAUCCUUCACAGCAUGGAAGCCCAUGAAGAUCGGGGCCAAUUCCUCUUGAGCCAUGUGACCCCCAGGCACUCUGGCAAUUACAGCUGCAGCUAUCAGCUGGGCACCAAUAAAAGUCUCUGGAAACAGCCUAGUGAUGCCCUGGAGCUUCUAGUUAGAGGUGAGAAACCAAGUAACAACCUCAUCAUCAUCCUCAGCUGUGUUUCCUUACUCCUCCUCCUGUGCCUUCUAUGGCUUGCAUUCUUCUGCCAUGGAUCCAUCCCUACAGCCACCAUGGACUCCACAGUGACUUUCCUGAUCUCCAUUGGACUGUGCCUGCACUGGGAAGCUAGGACACAAAUGGGGACUCUUCCCAGGCCCUUCCUUUGGGCUGACCCAAGUCCUGUGGUCGCCAAGGGAGCAGAUGUGACCCUCAGGUGCCAGGGCCAACCGGGGAGUGACAGAUUCCAGCUCUGGGUGGAUGGAGAGCUCAGAGAGGAGAGAAAUGACUCGUGGUUACGGGCAGACUUUGUGCUCAAGAGUGUGGAUGACUGGAGGGAUGCAAGAAGCUACAGGUGCCGAUCUAGGCAGGGGCCCUUGUGGUCAGAGCUCAGUGAUCCCUUGGCCCUGGUGGUGAUGACAGCCCUCAAAAGAACCAUAAUUUCAGCUUCACCUGGCUACACAAUAUUGCCAAAGACAAGAGUGACCAUCUGGUGCUACUUCCCAUCACUGGCAUCCUCUGAGAGCUACAGUUUUGCCCUCCUGGAGGCAAAGAGCCUGGAGCCCUUACAGCUACAUAACAUUACUGGAAGACUGGCUGCUUUCUCACUUCCAUCCGUGAGGACUGAGGACAGUGGGAGCUAUAGUUGUAUUUACUACAGGAAGAUACCCCCCUACAGGGGGUCAUAUCCCAGCCAGGCCCUGGAGCUGACUGUGUUGGGACCAUUCCCCAAGCCCAUUCUGUGGGCCCAAGCUGACCUUGUGGUGACCCCAGGAACCAACAUCACACUGUGGUGCUCCAGACCCAGGCUAUCUUCUGUUAAAGAGAUGACUUUCACUCUGUGGAAGUCUGGGACCCAGGAACCCUUACAACAGCAGCCCACAGCAGAUCUCUGGACUGACUUCUCCCUCUCCUCUCUGAGCCCUGAGAACACUGGGAGCUACAGGUGUGCUUACAAGUCAGCCGAUGGGAGAGAAUCAGAGCCCAGUGAAACCCUGGAGCUGGUGGUGCCAGGAUCUCUGCCCAAGCCUUCCCUCUCAGCCCUCCCAGGCCAGGUGGUGGAGCCUGGGCAGCAUGUGACACUCCAGUGCAGGAAGCCCCCUCAGUCAGCACUCUGGAGAGCGACAUUCACUCUGCUGAAGGUGGGCAGCCCUCAGUCCCUGCAGAGCCAGAGCCCAGCUGGCACCUCAGCUUUCUUCACCCUCCUGUCUGUGAGGGCCCAGGAUGUUGGCAACUACACCUGUGUCUACUAUGGGAGGAUGGCUCCAUACCAGGUGUCUGAGCCCAGUGAGGCCCUAGAGAUCUGGGUGACAGAUGAGCUCCCCAAGCCUUCCCUCUUAGCCUCACCUGGACAAAAGGUGGUCUCAGGAACCAAUGUGACCCUCCUUUGCUGGGGACCUUCAUGGGCUACUAGGUUUGUUCUGUACAAGGAGGGAGAUGAGGAAAUCCUGCACAGCAUGGAAGCCCAUGAAGGUCGGGGCCAGUUCCUCUUGACUCAGGUGACCCCCAAGGACUCUGGAAUUUACAGCUGCAGCUAUCAGCUGGGCACCAAUGAAAGUCUCUGGACGCAGACUAGUGAUACCCUGGAGCUUCUAGUAAGAGGUGAGAAUUCCAGUAGCAUCAUCAUCAUCAUCUUCAGCUGCAUUUCCUUUCUCCUCCUCCUCCUCUGCCUUCUUCUGUUUGCAUUCCUCUGCCAUGGAUCCAUCCCUAUGGCUAUUUUUGUUGGCCUUGCCUCCCUUGCAGUACCUGCCGACCUCAUCACCCUGAGACACCCAGAGAGGAAAGCCCAUAUCCCCAUUGCUGAAGAACCUCAGGGAGUGAUAUACACUCAGUUGAACAUAAGAACCUUGAAUAAGAAGGAAACUGACUCCAAAAGAACUCCCACAGAAGACACUGUCUAUGCCAGUUUAAAUUUAGAUUGA